CAUGAGUCACACUUAGAGGAAGGACUAACACUCAGAGAAUAAGAGGAAGCAGCCGAGGGAAGAGCUGACAGAAGUUAGUUUCGAAGUUAGGCUAAAUCCCUCAGACGAGAAACUUUACAUCAACUAAAAGCUGCUCAUGGACAGCAUUGAAAUCAUCGUGUCCAUCGCCUCCCAGAUCUACUGCCUGGUGGAGAAUGUGAAAGCCAACAAGAAGCGAUGCCGUCGUGUUUGCAAUCGCGUCAAAGCUCUGGAGCAUCUGGUGAAGUCCAUCCAGCAGAGAAAGAAGGGACAAACCUCUGCAGACGUAGAACGAUGCCUCAAGGAACUCUCCUUCACACUGCAAUCGGCGGAGGAGGUCAUGAAGAAAUACUCCGGGGAAUCUUUGGUGAAGCGAGUGCUGAAGUGUGGAAACCACGAAGACGAGUUCUACAGCUUGAACGACCGCCUCGACGACGCCUUCCAGAUCCUUUCAGGAUCUCUGCAGGUGGAGCAAGGCAACGUCCUGCUGAAGGUGUUCGAAAAAUCCACCAGGGAGAAAGAGGACGAGCUGGACAGGAAGCAGGAUGACAGAGAGCUGAAGAUAAUGCUACUGCAGUAUGCGGAGGAGCAGCAGGAGAUGGCAAACAAGUUGCAAGAAGACAUUAAUAAGAUCGUGAAAAUGUUGGAGAAGCCCUACAAUGUGGGCAACCAGAUCAUCAAACAGCAGGAGCUUAAAUACGAGCUUGACGGCCUGACCAAGAAGCCCUUCAUGACAACGCCAACCUCAGAGGUCUACAGAGGAGAGUACCGUAGUUUCCCAGUGGCCAUCAAGAGAUACACUGACCCUGCGACCACCAACAUAAGCGAGGUGAAAAAACGUUUCAAUAAGGAUGUGGAAACCAUGAAAGUGUUUCAGUCGCCCAACAUCCUGCGAAUGUUUGGCAUCUGUGUCGAGGACGAGACGGGACCUAAACCUCAGUUUCUCAUCAUCAUGGAGUACUGUGAGAAGGGAAGUCUGCGGGAGGUUCUAGACUCUGGUUGCAUACUGAGCUGGAACCAGAAAGCUCGUAUGUGCCGCGACGCAGCGCUGGGACUUUACCGACUUCACCAGUCUGAAGAAAAAUGUAAAGUUCAUGGAUGCAUCAACAGCAGCAAGUUUCUGGUAGCUGACGGCUACACAGUCAAGCUGGGAGGCUUUGAGUUUACACAAACUGAGACGUCUCUGAGAAAGCCAACGAGGGGCGGGGUGAACAGGUCCUUCACCUACUCCUCUCCUGAGUUACUGGAAUAUAUUAACAACUACAGCAAAGAGUGUGAGGUUUACAGCCUUGGAAUCGUCCUCUGGGAAGUUGCAACUGGACGCAAACCUUUUGACGGUUUGACCGUUAAAGAAGUCCAUCAGAAAGUGUUCGUAGACAAAUACCAGGAGCGGCUUGACGACUGUCCCAAAGAACUAGAACUUCUGAUCAACGCCUGCCGGGCCUACAAUCCCUUCCAGAGACCGUCUGCUGGAGUGCUGGUGGAUAAACUGAAAACAUGGGUGACACAGUUGGAGAAGGUGUAAAGCCUUCAUGCCUCUCAGUCUGCAGUACUCAGGGUUUCUGAUCCCUGAUAUCCUCAGGAGACCAAAUGAUAUGAUACACUUAUAAAGUUGUUCUAUUGGAGAAGCCUUUUCCAACUGCACAAUUUGGUUCCUAACGGUUCUUAAGUCCUAUCUUAGACUAAACACACUAUUGCAGCUCUGUAUAACUGUGAAAGCCAUUCUUUAUUCGGGACUUUAGCUGUCCUGUCUUUGGUUCAAAUGUGCAUGAGACUGCAUGUAUCAGAUCAGGGGCAAUUUUGUGAAAAAAAAGGGCAUUUCUGAUCCGCACCACCGCUUGUUAAAGCCCAAUUAAACAUAGGCCUCUUAAAGCAAACAUUGAACAUCAUUAUCUUGGCAGGCAUUACACUAAAACCUGAUGUUGUGUUACAAAACAAUUGCGCUGGAAGAUGUGUUUUUAUAGAAGAUACUGUAUGUUAUUUUGUUUUCAAUCAUGGGGUCUUGAUUGAAAACUUGGGGAAUAUGUAAACCAAGUGUAUGGUGUUCAACUAUGUCUUAUGGAGAAAUAUAACCGUUAGGAAGUAUAAACACUGGAAACGUUGGUUAUUUUAUAUGUGGGAAAUCUCUUCCUUAAACUGAGAUAAAACCUGAUGAUAACUUCUAUAUAGUACACAUAAAGUUUACGAGCUUAAAGGUUCAUUUUUGUACCUUUUACGUUUACCUUGAUUCUCUAUGCCAAUAAAAGUGGUGCUUGAGUCAA